GUGCUUCCCAAUUGGCACUUCAGAGGGAGGCUUUGGAGAUGAUUCAUCUGGAAAUCUGAUAUAUCUCUCUUACUUGGUUACUUAAAAAGUGAAUUCUUAAACUCAAGAGUGAACGGUUAGUGGAGGCGGCAGAGUGGUUAGUGGAGGUGCAGGACUCCCCUGUCCUGCCCUCCGUGCCCCUCCCCAGAACUAGGAUUAAUCCCAUACUCCCUUGUGAUGAGGAGUGAGGGACAGCCGUCUCCUGGGGAGGAGAAAAAGACUUGCCUUCCUAUGUGUGCCUGGUGACUUAAGGGCAUAACUUGUACAAGCACACAUCUAGUUCAACUCUUUGUUUUCCUGGGUUUGGACUCCCCAGAUGUGGCACAUUAGAACCUCCCAUUUCUCCACUCUUCUCGGUCAAAUUCUGACUCACAGAUUUGAGGCAAGAGAGAACUGUGAUGGAGGAGGAGGAGGUGCAGGGCGUGUGGGCGUGAAUGGGCAAGGUGGGGAAGAGCAGGUGGAGAGAUGGCAAGACCAGCGGCCUUAAGUUGGAGGGGCAGAAAGACCCCUGCCUCACGCCAGUGCACCCUUGGCCACCGGUUUGCAAUAGUCUCAAUUUUCCCAUUCAGGAGCCCCAGGGAUUGGCCUGGGCAGACCCUCAGAGCAUUUUUCCAGGGCAUAUCACUCUGGGUGAGAGGGCCUGCCUCAGGAGCUGCCUCCCUUUCUUUCAGCAGACCCUCCUGUCCCCCUUUGCUGGCGAUGGCCUCUCGAAUGCAGAUGGCUGCGCUCACUUGCUUGAGUCUCCUGCUUCUCUGGAGCCAGGUGCCAGGGGCCCAGGGCCAAAAAUUCCAAUUUGGGCCCUGCCAAGUGAAGGGAGUUCUUCCCCAGAAACUGUGGGAAGCCUUCUGGGCUGUGAAGGACACUAUGCAGGCUCAAGAUAACAUCACGAGUGUCCGGCUGCUGCGGCAGGAAGUUCUGCAGAAUGUCUCGGCUGCUGAGAGCUGUUACCUUGUCCACACCCUGCUGGAGUUCUACUUGAAAACUGUUUUCAAAAACUACCACGAUAGAACAGUUGAAGUUAGGACUCUGAAGUCAUUCUCCACUCUGGCCAACAACUUCGUUCUCAUCGUGUCACAACUGCAACCCAGCCAGGAAAAUGAGAUGUUUGCCAUCAGAGACAGUGCACACAGGCGGUUUCUGCUAUUCCGGAGAGCAUUUAAACAGUUGGACAUGGAAGCAGCUCUGACCAAAGCCCUUGGGGAAGUGGAUGUUCUUCUGACCUGGAUGCAGAAAUUCUACAAGUUCUGAAUGUCUAGACCAGGACUCCAUUCCACCUCCACCAGACCAUUCCCUGUGUCAUUUCAAACAGACUCCCUUCCUAUGCUGUUCACUGGACACUUGACACCCUUGGCCAUGGGUCCCAUUUUUGGCCCAGGAAUAUUAUCAAAGAAGUCAUUCUUUAAGCAGCCCCAGCGAGAGUCAGGGAAGGUGCCUCUGGAUGCUGUGGAGUCUACAGAGAAGAUUCCUGUAUUUAUUACAACGCUAUUUAAUUAAUGUCAGUAUUUCAACUGAUGUUCUAUUUAUUUGUGAGACUAUAAGUUCCAUGAAGACAGCAGAAUAUUGUGCCCCAUGCUCCUCCUUUACCCCUCACAAUCCUUGCCACAGUGUGGGGCAGUGGAGGGGUGCUCACUAAGUACUUAAUAAACUGUGGUUUUAAUUUUUUUUGCCUGUCUUUGGAUUAUUGAAAAACAGAGGGGUGCUGGGAUGUAAAACUGAACUUUAGAGAAUGGAAAUCACACUGUCUUCUGAUAUCUGCAGGGACAGAGCAUUGGUGGGCAUGGGGGUGUGGGGAAGAGACAUCAGUUUGAAAAGUAAAUGAUAAAAGAUAAAACGUGGAUUAAAGUGCCCAGCACAAAGCAGAUGCUAACAUUUCAUUUUCCACCCACACUCAACAGCUUACCCCAUCAUCCCUUUUCCUUGGUGCCUUUUUUUUUUUUUAUCCUAGUCAUUCUUCCCUAAUCUGCCACUUGAGUGUCAAGCUGACCUGCUGAUGAUGACAUUGCACCUGGAUGUACUGUCCAAUCUGUGAUGACACUCCCUGCUGAUAAAAGGCAACACAACUCAAA